AUGGAGAACCUGACUCUGGACGAACAGCCCUCGCUGGGCCCGUCGCCGUCCAACCAGCAAUUGCCACCGCAGAUGUUCACCACAGCCGCACAGCUGCUUGAUAUGACGGACAAAAAACUCAUGGUAGCCCUCCGCGACGGCAGGAAACUGAUUGGCGUGCUGCGCAGCUGGGACCAAUUUGCAAACCUCGUCCUCCAAUCGACCAUCGAACGCAUAUUCGUACCCCCCUCCUCCACACCCACAAAACCAGGCAAUGAAUACCAGCCGGGCCUAUACGCCGACGUACCCCGCGGCAUCUUCUUCGUGCGUGGCGAGAACGUACUGCUACUAGGAGAAAUUGACCUGGACAAGGACGAUGACCCGCCGCCGGGCUACGAGAAGGCGGAUGUGGAGCUCAUACACCGCCUGAGCAAGGAGAGGAAGGCGAGGGAGGCGAGGAGGGAGAAGUUCCAGAAUGGGAAGUUGAGGGCGUUGGGCUUUGAAGGGGAGGCGAUGGGGGAGGCUAAUAUCUGA